CACGUCACUUUCUGGAGUUGCCACGACUACACACACACAGCUUCACGAUGUGGACGCUUGUUUGCUGCAUAUUGUACGUUUUCGCGUCGUCACAAUUCGAUUUAUUGUCCGUUUUGGCUGCAGCCGAUGAGCCUCUCAAUGAGGUCAAGAGCGAAGUUGUGUUUAAACCUGAGGAAUGCUCUCAGAAAAGCAAGAAAGGAGACCUGAUCAACGCCCAUUACGACGGGUACCUGUUGGAUGGAUCCCAGUUUUACUGCAGUCGGUCUGACAAAGAUGGCCAUCCCCAGUGGUUUGUGCUUGGAGUGGGUCAAGUCAUCAAGGGCCUGGACAUAGGAAUGAUGGACAUGUGUGUCGGAGAGAAGAGAAAAAUAACUGUUCCCUCAGACCUGGCUUUUGGUGUAAAUGGAAAAGGUCCGGUGCCCCCGAAUGCCACCGUGGUCUUUGAAGUUGAAGUUCUGUCUGUAUCCAGGGGGCCUCGCAGCAUGGAGGCCUUCACCCAAAUAGACCUUGAUAAGGACAAAACACUCACCAAAGCUGAGGUUAAAGAAUACCUGAAGCUGGAGUACGAAAAAGGUGGGAAGCCGCGGGACGAGCCCUUCUAUGAGAAGAUCAUUGCUGACAUCUUUCGCAAGAGCGACAGAGACAGAGAUGGGCUGAUCAGCUCCAAGGAGUAUAAUAUUUAUGAGCACGACGAGCUUUAGUGUCAUUUUUCACUGAAGUCCUCUCAUUUGUUUUUAAAAAACCACUUUCAGUCCAUCUCAGCACUUUGUGAAAUGUGGUUUUCUGUGUUUUCCAAACUAUUGUUUGAACAUCCCCUUUACUAUAAAAGUCUGUGGAAGUCCUCAAUCUUUUUACUUGAGGAAAAUUGUAAUUUUUAAAAAUAGAUUUAGUUAGUAGAUUUAAAAAUAAAGACAAUUUUGAGCAUUUUCUAUAAGAAA